AUGCUCAGAAGAAUCGCUCAAAAGAACUUGGCUAGAGUCGCUGGACCUUCACGCGCUCGACUCCUCUCCACCACUGCUCCCCGACAGGCUGAUAUCACCCUUACUAUCGAUGGGAAGGAAGUGUCUGUACCUCAGGGUACUGCUUUGAUCCAAGCUUGUGAGAAAGCUGGUGCUGCCGUUCCUCGAUUCUGUUACCAUGAUCGAUUAGCUAUCGCUGGUAAUUGUCGAAUGUGUUUAGUAGAGGUUGAGAGAUCACCAAAACCUGUAGCUUCCUGUGCCAUGCCUGCCAUGCCCGGUUCCAAAGUCUUCACCAACACCCCCCUAGUCCACAAAGCCCGAGAAGGAGUGAUGGAAUUCUUACUUGCCAACCAUCCGCUUGAUUGUCCAAUCUGUGAUCAAGGUGGUGAAUGUGAUUUACAGGAUCAAUCGAUGCGAUACGGCUCCGAUCGAACGCGAUUCCAUGAAAUUACCGGUAAACGUGCGGUAGAAAACAAAGAUCUCGGACCAAUCGUCAAGACCUCCAUGAAUCGAUGUAUCCAAUGUACACGAUGUGUUAGAUUCGCCAAUGAUGUUGCUGGUGUAGAAGACUUGGGUACGACCGGUAGAGGAAAUGACUUGCAGAUCGGAAUGUACAUCGAGAAAACCAUGGAUUCGGAGAUGUCAGGAAACAUCAUUGACUUAUGUCCUGUUGGAGCUCUUACAUCGAAACCCUAUGCUUUCCAAGCUAGACCAUGGGAAUUGAAGAAGACGGAAUCGGUAGAUGUCUUAGAUGCUUUAGGAAGUAACAUUAGGGUAGAUUCUAGAGGUGUUCAAGUGAUGAGAGUUCAGCCCAAGAUCAACGAUGAGAUCAACGAAGAGUGGAUUUCGGAUAAGACAAGAUACGCCUACGACGGAUUGAAAUACCAACGAUUGACUACUCCAUUAGUAAGAGAAGGUAACAGAUUCGUACCUGCUUCCUGGGAGACUGCCAUGGAGACCAUCAGGCACGGUUACCUCAACUCUGGUGCUCGAGGGGAUCAGGUGAAAGCCGUCGCCGGAGCCUUAGCAGACACUGAAGCUUUGGUAGCUCUCAAAGAUCUCGUGAACAGAUUGGGUUCAGAAAACACUACAUUAGAUUCGAAACUUGGUGAUGUCCCUCCGGCCCAAUCAGUCGAUAUCCGAUCGAAUUACUUGUUCAACACCUCGAUUGAAAAUGUUGAAGAUGCCGAUGCGAUCUUGUUGAUCGGUACCAACCCCAGACACGAAGCUGCCAUCCUCAACUCUCGAUUCAGGAAACAAUACUUGCACCGAGGAACGGAAUUCGCUGUGAUCGGCGAGAAAUUCGACUCGACUUUCGAAUAUGAACACCUCGGUACUUCACCUAAAGAUGUUGAGGCUUUCUUAAGCAAGGGAGGAGAUAAAGGAUUUGCCAAGAUCUGGAAGGAGGCGAAGAAACCUUUGUUGAUUGUCGGUUCGGCUGUGACAGAGACCAAAGAUGGUGCGGCUGUAUUGAAGGCUGUCGGUAGACAUGUGUUGGAUAACGGUAAUAAAUUCUUGACACCUGAAUGGAAUGGUUUCUCCGUUCUUCAACGAGCCGCAUCCAGAGCCGCAGCAUACGAUAUCGGUUUCACCCCUUCCUCUUCCGCCUCAUCCACCCAACCCAAAUUCGUCUACCUUCUGAACGCCGACGAUGUCGACCCAUCCUCCAUCCCCGAAGAUGCCUUUGUAGUCUACCAGGGACAUCACGGUGAUCACGGAGCUCAAUUCGCCGAUGUUUGUCUUCCUGCCGCUGCCUACACUGAGAAAUCAGCUACGUGGGUUAAUACCGAGGGAAGGAGUCAGAUGGGUAGAACUGCCGUACCACCGCCUGGAGCUUCAAGGGAAGAUUGGAAGAUCAUCAGAGCGUUAUCAGAAGUGAUUGGUCAACCAUUACCUUAUGAUGAUACCCUUCAGCUCCGACAGAGGAUGUUUGAUAUCUCACCUACAUUAGUACGAUACGAUGCCAUCGAGAGACCUUCACCCGAGGUGAUCAAGACUGGUUUAACAUAUCUUUCAUCUGCUAAAUCACAGGCGGCUUCCAGUGAACCAUUCAAGAAACCCAUAACGGAUUUCUACCGAACGGAUCCUAUCUCAAGGGCAUCAGUGACUAUGGCUGAUUGCUCAAAGGCUUUCACAAAGAAAGAUUACCCAUUAGGUAAUGUGGACGAGAAAGCUCAAGCUAGUUAUGCUUAG